AUGCUUUUGAUGGUAAAUUUGGCAUGUUGAGGUAGUAGCAGAGCAANNGGAACUGGAGCACAGAAUUAUUGAGAUCACAUCAGAAAAGUUUGAUCCUUUACAAUGUCCUGCUUCUCGUCCAUUCAUCUACAAGGUUCCUAAGAGUCUCUUCACUGUGAAAAGAGAAGCCUAUACUCCUCUCUUGAUCUCCAUUGGUCCUCUUCACCAUGACAGAAAACAAUUCAAGGACAUGCAAGAACUCAAAACCCGCUACUUCGUUUCCUUUCGCGACCACCUAGUCUUCCUCGAGAAAGAUCAUCUUCUAGAAGAAUACAAAGCCUUCCUCAAAUCAGAAGAGAAAAACAUAAGAUCUUGUUACCAAAAAUCACAACUACCCGACUCUUUCAACAACAACGACAGGUUUGUAGAGAUGAUGUGGUUGGACUCUGUUUUCAUCAUGGAGCUGUUCUUGAGAGAAGAGGAUGACUACCACUGCAAGUGCAAGAGUCACAUAAACAAAGAAGAUUAUUACAUAACAACUCGACCGUGUCUCAGCAAAAGCAUUCAGAAGGAUCUGUUACUUCUCGAGAAUCAAAUCCCAAUGUAUGUUCUUGAGAGGCUCUAUAAAACGAUUGCUGUCGAUUUCAAGAAACACGCAACCUUUCUUGAUCUCGCGAAAAAGUACUUUCGAUCGUGGGACCCUUGUUCCGAACUAACAGAGAAUUCCAAAAACCUCGACCGCCACCAGAUUCUGCAUUUCACUGAUCUGAUCCGGCGCGCUUACGUUCCCAACCCGAAGGAUCUGAAGUAUUUGGAAGAUGAUAAUAACCAAAACCCUAAUAAUAAUAAUAACAAUAAGAAGAAGAAGAAGAAGGAUCUUCAUCAAGAUUGCUGUUUCAUAAGAACAGCAAGCAAGUUGAACCAGGCCGGGGUAAGCUUCGAGAAGGUUCGACACAGAAGCCUUCUCGACAUCAGGUUCGAGACGAGGCCCUUCUACGGCUACCUACUCUGCUUUGGCUGCUGUCCAUUUCCAUGGUCUAAGUUCUUCAAGGCUCGAAUUCAGUUCCCGGAGUUGAGAAUAGACCACAGAACCGAAUGUGUUCUUCGGAACCUGAUUGUGUUCGAGCAGUGCCACUACCCUGAGGAGCCUUACAUAUGCAACUAUGUUUCCUUGGUGGAUUCUCUGAUUCACACCAAAGAUGAUGCAGAGUUGCUGGUUGAGAAGGAGGCUAUUGUGCAUGAACUUGGAAGUGAUAAUGAAGUAGCAACUUUGGUUAAUAGUCUUUGCAUGCAUGUUGUGACGAAUAAGACAUGUUACCAUAAGUUAAUGGGUGAAUUGAAUGAACAUUAUAACAGCAAUUGGAAGUGGACAAUGGGGACACUCAGGAGGGUUUACUUUCGUGAUCUUUGGAGAUGUAGCUCUACCUUUGUUGGCAUUGCUGUCUUUAUAUUCGCCAUUUUCAACUUCUAUCGUGUUCUUCGUGGAUUCCCUUUGUUAGUUACUUGACUAAUCUUCACGUUAAUGAUCUAUCUAUGUAUGAAUAAAUCUUGUGUAAGCCACAAUGCAAGUUACUUUAAUAAAUUAUCCUUAAUUAGUUGUAUCUA